GAGGAGCAGCGCGUCUCUCUCUCAGUUGAGAUCAGAGGAGAGUCACUUCAGCAGGGACACAGAAGGAUUUCAGCAUGCGCUACUCGUGCGUAAAUCCUAACCCUGGCGCGGUCUCCAGAGCGCACAUGAAGCACGGAGAGGAAACAUCGCCGCCCGAAACCAUAAAUAACCAUCGUUAACCUUAUCGUGGACACGUUCAACCUUUUCAAACUCAUUUCAGUCUUCUUCUAAAGAGGAGGAGAGAAUCAGAGGAGAAUAUCUUGCGUGAGGACAGCAUCGGCAGACUGGAUGUGAUUUUUACGCGGACUUCAGAGAGAAGAACUGGACCCGAGUGGAGAUAAAGCCAGUUUCAGAUGUUUUUAAAGAGCUGGAAAUGGAAAAUAAACCCUGACACAAAGCUGAAAGUGGACAGCUGGUGUAGUGAGCAUGAAGGGUGGCGUCUGGAGCGUUUUCGCAACAAGGACGCCAAACAGAUCCACAUUGUUCCACGGACGAACUCUCCUAAGGUGACAUUUUCUCCGAAGAAAACCCAUCUGGCAGGAUUAUAAUGUAUGCGUUUACUUGCAUCAGUCUGUAAGUGUCAGUCCAGUAAAUUGGGGAGGUAAGAGUGCAUGAGAACAGUUUGCAUGAUUCUUUCUCUUCCUCGCGUCCCAAAAACUGAAACAACAGAAGAACCAAUGACUCUAAAUUAACUAGUGGGACUGCUUUUAUCGUCGCAGUGACUUGUUGGUGGUCCCUGGACCUCAGAUUGGGAACUGCUGCUUUAAAUACAAGUAAGAGGCUGAGCUUCUUUCUGGUGAAGUAAUGGAGGAUAAGGUCACUUUAAUUUGACCUGUUUGCUGAACUGUACAUAACUACCUUUUUUUGUCCCCUUGAUAAAUGACUGGUGUGUCCUUUGUGAGAAGAUUUAUAAGAAAGGAUGACUUAAAAACUCUUAAAACCUAAUUUUUCAUUUUGGUGUACAUUAGCUCAAAAUGCACUGAGAAUCUUCUCUUCAAACAUGGAGAACAUGUCAGUGCCCGGCGGUGCACUGCCACUCUGCAACGACUCGGUGGACUUCUACUCAGGGAACCGCACUGACCUGAACUGCACUCCGCCCGCCGAGUUUUACUUCUACGCCGAUCUUUAUGUCAUUUUACCGGUCAUCUACUCUGUGAUCUGCGCUGUGGGACUGACGGGCAACACGGCCGUCAUCUACGUGAUCCUCAAAGCCCCCAAGAUGAAAACCGUGACCAACAUGUUCAUCCUGAACUUGGCCAUCGCAGAUGAUCUGUUCACCUUGGUGUUGCCGAUCAACAUCGCCGAACACUUGCUGCACUACUGGCCUUUUGGCGAGGUUUUGUGCAAAGUCAUCCUCAGCAUAGACCACUACAACAUCUUCUCCAGUAUCUAUUUCCUGACAGUUAUGAGCAUCGACCGCUACCUGGUCGUUUGGGCCACGGUGAGGUCCAAGCGCAUGCCUUACCGCACCUACCGAGCAGCCAAAAUCAUCUCGUUGUGCGUGUGGAUCCUCGUUAUCCUCAUCGUCAUGCCUUUCAGUGUUUUCGCCGGCGUCUACACAGACCCCAAUGACGGGAGGAAGAGCUGCGUGCUCAGUUUCCCCAGCCCCGAGAGUUUGUGGUUCAAAGCGAGCCGGAUCUACACUCUCAUCCUUGGCUUCGCCAUUCCGGUCUCAACCAUCUGCAUCCUGUACACCAUGAUGCUCUACAAGCUGAGGAACAUGCGGCUCAACAGCAACGCCAAAGCGCUGGAUAAGGCCAAGAAGAAAGUCACCAUCAUGGUGUUUAUCGUCUUGGCAGUGUGCUUGUUCUGCUGGACGCCGUUCCACCUCAGCACCAUCGUGGCUCUGACAACGGACCUGAGGACCACGCCGCUCCUGAUCGGGAUCUCCUACUUCAUAACCAGCCUGAGCUAUGCCAACUCCUGCCUCAACCCGUUCCUCUACGCCUUCCUGGACGACAGCUUCAGGAAGGCUUUCAAGAAGAUGUUGGAAUGUAGACCGGCCUGAAUGUACGACACGUGAGACCAGAGGUCUGCAGACACAACCGAGCGACGACAGACUGCGAUGGAAAAACAGGACGGGAAAGAUCUGCACUGUAAAAUCUGACAAGUUGACUUAAGAUAAUCUUGGAAACCGACAACCUUGAAAAAGGAAAGUAAA